GUCCUAAGCUGACGUCAGCCCGGUACCCAUGAACAACCGGUAGCGUUGAAGAUAGUAUGGUCUCCUGUUGUUUGUAGUUUUCUUCUUUUUAACACCCCUGUCCAACGUGCAAACAUCAUGACUUUCGAUGUUAGGAGAUUUGAUAUCUACAGGAAAGUGCCAAAGGAUCUCACCCAGCCAACAUACACAGGAGCUUUCAUUUCCAUCCUCUGCUGUGUCUUCAUACUCUUCCUCUUCCUGUCUGAGCUGACGGGAUUCAUAGCCACUGAAAUUGUAAAUGAACUGUAUGUGGAUGAUCCCGAUAAAGACAGUGGUGGGAAGAUAGAAGUGAGUUUAAACAUCAGUUUGCCAAACUUACACUGUGAUUUGGUGGGUUUGGACAUCCAAGAUGAGAUGGGACGCCACGAGGUCGGUCACAUAGAGAACUCCAUGAAGAUUCCCCUCAACCAGGGUGAUGGUUGCCGCUUUGAGGGAGAGUUCAGCAUCAACAAAGUACCGGGAAACUUCCACGUGUCGACACAUAGUGCCACAGCACAGCCUCAAAGCCCUGACAUGACCCACACCAUCCACAAGCUUGCCUUUGGAGAAAAGCUCCAGGUACAGAAAGUCCAAGGAGCCUUUAAUGCUUUAGGAGGGGCAGACAAGAUGUCAUCUAAUCCUCUUGCUUCACAUGACUACAUAUUGAAGAUUGUACCAACAGUGUAUGAAGACCUCUCAGGCAGACAGAGGUUCUCUUAUCAGUACACAGUAGCCAAUAAGGAAUAUGUUGCUUACAGCCACACGGGAAGAAUUAUCCCAGCGAUCUGGUUCAGGUACGAUCUCAGUCCGAUCACAGUGAAGUACACGGAGCGGAGACAGCCCCUCUACCGCUUCAUCACAACAAUUUGUGCCAUCGUCGGGGGGACGUUCACAGUCGCGGGGAUCAUCGACUCCUGUAUUUUCACUGCUUCUGAGGCCUGGAAGAAGAUACAGAUUGGCAAAAUGUCAUGAUGACCGCUUCCCACCCCUCCUCACAUCUUAUUUAUAAGUGCAAAGUUGCUAGCCUGUUAGCUAAAUCCAGCCCGAAACGACCUCCUUCAGGAGAUUGUAUCACCUUGUCCAUAUAAGAGUCUCGGGCACUUGAUUUAACUACCAGGCUGCAGGGAUGCGUCUGUUUUAUUAAAGAUCCUCUCGGGCUCCUUCUGCUCCAGUGACGUGAGAAUGCUGACUAUCACAUGUCGGCUUCCUCCGUCUUCAGUGUCAGGAGGGGAAAGGAGAGGAGAUGAUAUCUUUUGUUACAGAGUGUGCCAGGGAUUCAUCC